UCAAAUGUCAAUGGUUCGCUCGGACGCGGACGCUACGCGGUAUUUACUAUUAUAAGUGGAGAUUUAGAUUUACGACAAGAAAUAAUAAUAAUGUUUUUUUACUAAGAUAAAAUAUUUAAAAGCACAAUGUUUUAUCAUAUAUCCUUGGAACAUGAAAUUUUGCUUCAUCCGCGGUAUUUUGGACCACAAUUGUUGGAUACGGUAAAACAAAAACUAUACACUGAAGUCGAGGGAACAUGCACGGGAAAGUACGGUUUUGUGAUAGCUGUCACCACAAUAGAUAAUAUAGGCGCAGGCCUCAUACAGCCAGGGCAAGGCUUUGUAGUAUAUCCAAUCAAAUACAAGGCCAUAGUUUUCCGACCAUUCAAGGGUGAAGUGCUUGAUGCUAUUGUCACACAAGUUAACAAGGUUGGAAUGUUUGCUCAAAUUGGACCUCUUAGUUGUUUUAUAUCUCAUCAUUCCAUUCCAGCAGAUAUGGAGUUCUGCCCAAAUGUAAACCCACCCUGUUAUAAGAGCAAGCAGGAAGACAAUGUGAUUCAGGAGGAAGAUGUCAUUAGACUGAAGAUCGUGGGCACCAGGGUUGAUGCCACUGGUAUUUUUGCUAUUGGAACAUUGAUGGAUGACUAUUUAGGAUUAGUAACACAGUGAAGAUUUACUAUUUUAAUUAUUAUGAAUUUUAAAAUAAAACUCAA